CAGUCGUGCGCGCCGCCGUUCUUGCGGAAUUCAGGGGGCUGUGGUCGGACUCCGAAAGACUCCCACAUAGAAAAUAAUGAACAACAAAUUUGACGCUCUAAAAGAUGACGAUAGUGGGGACCACGAUCAGGAACACGGCUCACCGAAAGACUGUGAGAAGGAAAGACAUGAGGAGGAGGAGAGGGACCAGAACCCUGCCAAAAAGAAGAUAGCGGUACCGGGAGCAGGAGAGCAUCCUCUCCAGUACAACUACGCCUUCUGGUACUCCAGACGCACGCCAGGCCGGCCCAGCAGCACCCAGAGCUACGAACAGAACAUCAAGCAGAUCGGCAGCUUUGCCUCGGUGGAACAGUUCUGGCGCUUCUACAGUCACAUGGUCCGUCCUGGAGACUUGACUGGUCACAGUGACUUCCACCUCUUCAAAGAAGGCAUCAAACCCAUGUGGGAGGACGAUGCCAAUAAGAUGGGGGGGAAGUGGAUUAUCCGGCUGAGGAAGGGGCUGGCCUCGCGCUGCUGGGAGAACCUCAUCCUGGCCCUGCUGGGGGAGCAGUUCAUGGUGGGAGAGGAGAUCUGUGGAGCCGUGGUGUCGGUGCGCUUCCAGGAAGACAUCAUUUCCAUCUGGAACAAGACGGCCAGUGACCAGGCCACCACUGCCCGCAUUCGAGACACUCUGCGCAGGGUGCUCAAUCUUCCCCCCAACACCAUCAUGGAGUACAAGACACACACAGACAGCAUCAAGGCCUGGGAGGACUUCCAUGGGCUGGUGAACGCUAGCGGUGGUCGCUAGUUCCUGGAUCUGUAGCUCUGCCAAGACUAGAUGAGGGUGUGGUGUCGUAUGGAUGAAGAUUCAUGAGAAGGAUACCUCUAUAAGAAUCAGCACUGUUAUAGAUGGAGAGAGAGAGAGAGAGAGAGAGCGAGAGAGAGAGAGAGAGAGAGAGAGACAGUGGCAAGAAAACCAUUCCUUCUUUUCCAUGGUGCAUGGAAACUAUUGGAACUAAACUUAAAAGCUAUUCAACAAGACAUGGAGCCAAGCCGUCUGUUGGGGAAAGAGAGUGUAUGUUUUUAUAAUCUACAAGAGACUAAUGAAACCUAAGUGGAUGUAUUUUUUAAGGUGAGACGCAAUGUCUAUCAUCCACCACUUGAGAGAGACAUUGCAACAAAUGUUUGGUGAUUUGUCCAAUGCUGGUUAACGGGACAGUCGAUUCUACAACAUAUACCAACCAAACUGCUGACAUGAAUAGAUAUUUGUCUUUGUGUAACCAACAAUCACACUUUGUUAGACUUUUAAAUGUACAGCAGAAAAAUGCAGUACUGUAGAAGUUAUUUUAUUAUAGUGCAGUAUUUUAACUACAAUCGCCUCUGGUCAUUUGAAACUAGAAUUAUAAUUGUGUACAAAAAUAUAUUUCUAAAAAAAACCUGGCCUUUUGAGAGAUCACAUAAAGGAAUCUUUGAUUCCUCACCUUUGAUCUGGAAGUUGAAUCCAAAAGACGUGACCCAUCAUCAGGCUGGACGGAGUGGAGGGUCAACUGGCCUCUUUACAGUGGCCUGCCAAGCUGCCUAUAUCACUGUGCCUGGCCUCAAGCCCCAACCAAACCAGAAUUGCGUUCUGUCAGAUUGUUUUCAACCCUUCAAACUGCCUCUUCAGUCUGGGUAUGGUGGUCCAGAAUGAAGACCAUGCUGGAUAUAACAAGCCCAUGGAACACUGAUCUAAAAUCAGCCAGCCUGACCCCCGUAUAGACAUCUGACUCGACCCUAGGAAAAGGGGGCUGGUUUUGGAUCAGGGCUUGAGGCUCAGUUUUUAUCUCCACCCUGUUCAUACUGCCUGGGAUUGGGUGUGUGGUGCUGGAAGUCUGCGUGCGUGUGUGUGUCAAAACAAGCUAAAGUACUGUACGAUCUACACCUGAUGGAUUAUAGCAAUAAAUGUCAAAUAUGCAUCUGCUGCUGA